AUGCGUGUGGCCGAUGACGCAGUGGCUAAGCAGGAAGAAGUUCAGACCAGCCAAAAACUCACGGAUUUGAGUGAGUGGAAACUGCCAGUCGCUGACAUUAUCCGUCAGAAAAGCAAAGCGCGCAAAAACAAGAUACGCAGAAUCGGUUAUACACAAGUCUAUCAAAUGGUGGAUCUUGUAAAAGUAUCCGGAAGGCGCAACAAUGCUCCGGAGCCAGCGCAGAGCGAAGCAGAGCCUGACGAGCCGAAGACAGAGCCUAAAGUAGGACUCGCAGCAUUGCGAGCUAAUAGCAGUUUUGUGAAACGCAAAGAGCAAGACGAUGACGACUUCCCCACGAAAAAGAGAAAGAAUUAG